AUGGUCCGAACCGGGGCUCUAGGAGAAAUUUUGGUUGACGUUGACAAGACACAUCUUGGACUGGCCACGAUAGAAAAAGAUGACCCUUUAUACGUUAAGCUAGUGUAUUUCUUCUCCGACUUUGCCGACCUAGCACCCAAGAACGUGCAAGAUGCUCUUGCACGCACACCUCACCAUGCAUUGGAGAAUCUAGUCUUGAGACCUAGAAGUAGCAUCAGCUCACUUGUUGGGGCUUACUCCAACACUCCUGGGACUACCGUCCUCACACCAGAGUCUGGCUCGGGCGUCCCCAGCCAAGACGCCAUCAAGCGCGAGAAAGAGCACGACCACGACCACGACAAUGCCCUCGAGUCUUUGGCUGUUGGGGGGGUGCGAUUUCCGUUUCUGUUCACUGCCUCGGUUGCUAGGAACCAGAAGUUCUACGGACGAUCGGACGUACUCGACAACAUUGACAACUUCUUUGGCUUGGGGAAGCCUCACCCAAGCGAAAGUGGGAGAACAGACUCGGUUGAGGAUCGCCUUAACACGCCCAAGAUAUUCGCUCUGUGCGGCAUCGCUGGGAUCGGCAAAACCGACACGGCCAGCGAGUACGCCUUCACGAGGCUAGGUCACUUCGACGCUGUCAUAUGGAUCUAUGCGGAUCCCGCCCCCAAAAUCGGCCCCCAGUUUGUCGAGCUGGCAAAGGGCCUGGGUGGCCACGCCGUUUCUGUUAAUGUGGACCAGGUGUCGGCUCGCGAAGUAGUCAAACAGUGGCUAUCAUCACCGGUGGGCUGGCGCAUGCAACGUGGACAGUCCUUACAGGUGGAGGGAAGGUGGCUUAUGAUCAUUGACAACGUCGAGGAGCCCGACGACAUAUACAACUGGCUUCCGGACCACGGCCCAGGCUGUAUCCUCGUCACGAGCAAGUACCCGCUGGUGAAUGAGAAGACAUUCCGUCUCGAUAAUGGCCUAAACCUUGAACCCUUCUCUUCGGUGGCAGGUGCCGCGAUGCUUCGGAAACUGUCGGAUCGCAACCAAUCUGGCGACACCGCCGUCAGCGUGCGCAUUGCUGAAGCCUUGGGUGGGCUUCCCCUGGGCAUUGCCCAGAUGAGCGCCAUUAUCCGAGAGUAUCAUCUCAGCUUCGAAGACUUUGAGGUCUGGUACAGCAAGAACAAGAAGGAGCUCCACGAGCUACGGGUCAAGGGCAUGCUAGGCAACUAUAAGUACACGCUUGGGACCGUCUGGGCUGUUGAGAAACUCAGCAAUCCUGCACGGGCUCUUCUGGGCGUUCUCUCCGUCCUAGACCCAGACAGAAUACCGGAAAAGCUGCUUGAAGGAGGCGCAGAUCAGGUUGAGCUGACAGACUACCCCUCGAAUAAGGGUAACUACUUGAUGGCCCGGGCUGAGCUUAUCCAUACUUCUCUUGUGUCGCGGAACAUGGCAGCCAACGAAUUACGGAUUCACCGUGUCGUACAGGAAGUGGUCAGGCAAAAGAAGACCGAGGUGGAGCUUCGCCACAUCUUCGCAGCAGCGGCAAUUCUAAUAUCCUCGGUGUGGCCCUUUGUAAGCGGAACGGACCCGACGAGAAACCAGGCCUGGCGAGUCCCUGUUGCCGAUACUUGGGGCCCUCACAUCUCCAAGCUCCAAAGUCAAUUCGGAUCUCAGAUUGAAGAAGAAAGGUUCGAAGGCACAGCAACCAGUGGCUACGUCUUUAGCAGCUACGCUUGGUACCUCUCAGAGCGAGGCAUGCAUGAGCAGGCUAAGACCUUCACCUCUCUGGCAGAGAAGGUCCUUAACGCAGCUCGUAGAAAGGGCGACGGCGAUCAGGAUCAGAUAUUGCACUGGCUGGGAGAGGCGCAUCACAGCGCGUCAUUUGCAGCUUGUAUGACGGGCUCAUCAGACGGCAUCCAGUAUGCAAGUGCAUGGAUCGACAUCUUGAACGACCUCAUCAAGAAACAAAACAAGCCGCAGCACGUUCUGGCUCUGGCCACGGCGUACAAUCAGAUGGGUAUCUGCUGUGUCAACAAAGACAUGGUCCCGGAGGCAAUGGACAGCUUUAACCAAAGCCUCACCACUUUCAAGGGCGUCCACGACGCACCUCAGUUCAGCGGCACGUUUCCGGCCAUCUCACUUUCUCUGCUAUAUGUGCUUGAGGGACGCCCAGAUGAAGCGGAAGAGAUCUUGUCACCCGUUCUUGAGGAGCACGAACGACUUCUCGGCGUCGACGACCUAACCACCACAGAGUCCGGUCACAUCUGGCGUACCAUGGGCAAUAUCCGAAACGCGCAGCGGCGGUAUCCAGAGGCAUUAGACUAUCAUGAGCGAGCAGUAAAAAAUAUCCGAACCAUUUUAGGGCGGAAGCAUUACUUUGCAGGAGAUUGCUCGUACAGUGUAGCUAUGGAUCUCAUGCGACAAGGUCGCCUCGAGCGAGCAAGGGAACAUCUUGAUGUCGCCAUCGAGGCUUUUGCAGCAACGUCUCACAGCAAAAGCCAGGAAGCACGGGCGCUAUGGAAAAAGGGCUGCCUCUUGAAACAAAUGGGGGACAAGUCGGGAGGCCAAGAUUUCCUGCAGGAGGCAAUGAAGCGAAGGCGCAAGCUAGUACCUGGGGAUGAUCGCAAUCUUGAAGAGCUGAAAGAUGAAGAUUGGACAAAACUGGUCUUCUACUGGUCCCGUUAG